CCAAAGCAGGAUGUCAUUUAAUUUAAUCAAAACGCUCUUGCAUUUUUGAAUAUAUUCUACCACCUGCUAAUGGCGGAGCGUUUUAUGACAAAUGGUAAUUUGACUUCUUGCCGUGGCCACUAUCGUUUGAUCAGCUGUAUUGAACAUCCGCUUCUUGCAAAAACAGGGAAAAAUAUCUUGGAAAAUCCAGAAAACUAUGAAAAUGCGCCAGUUACUUGAUACAUCAUCCUGUCGUUCCAACACAAGUCAGCGAGGAAAUAAUUCAAGCAGUAAAGCAGAUCUUGAACAAACAGAGUUCCUUCCUGUGUCGUUGGUCGUAACUUUGUCCUUCGUGUGCCUGCUGAUUGUUGCAGUUAAUGGCCUCGUAAUCUUCUUGAUCCACAAAAAGAAAUCGCUGAGAACAAUCACCAACAUGUUUCUUGCUUCACUGGCGCUUUCAGAUCUCAUGGCAGGUCUGGUGGGAAUUCCUCUUCUUGUCAUCUGUUCGGUGAAAGAUGUCAUGAAAGUUUGCGUGUCUUCGGCCAUUUUCAUUCGAUUCACCGCCAUCUCUUCAGUCUGCCAUGUUCUGCUCGUCGCCUGUGAUCGUUAUAUUUUUAUAGUUCACUACAUGAAGUACCAUUCUGUUGCAACCAAACGGCGAGCGAUCGCUGCCGUUAUUUUUGUGUGGCUGCUUUCUCUGGCAUCUUCCCUUGUUCAGUUGUCUUGGUACAUUUUUCAUGGCAUUGCCCUUACUGAAUAUGAAGAUGUAACAGAAGAUCACAACAAGAGGUACAGUCUUGCUUGCAUCGUGUUAUUCUUUACUGUUCCUUUAAUAACAAUGUGUUACAUUUAUGGAAGUAUUUUUUACAUUUCUUUUAAACGUAUCGAAAGAGAUCGUGGACUUAGCAACACUUUUCAGCGGCCUUCUCGAUCGUUACGUCAUGAAUGGCGAGGACGCAGUGUUUUGUUGAUCACAAUGGUUAUCUUCUCUUGCUGCUGGUUGCCAUUUUUCGUGGCGAUGCUUGAUGACCACAUGAACACUUCAGAGCAGUCUUCCAUGUCACCUUGGGCGCAACGUUUGCUAAUUUUUCUUGGCUUUCUUCCUUCUGUAUUAAAUCCGAUCCUGUGCACAUUAGCUAAGAUAGAUUUCCGUCGUGCGUUAAAGCAAAUAGUAAUCCAGUGGAAAAGGAAGAAUUCGUUCGCCGAUUUUGAGGUACACCACGAACGAAUAUGUCUAAAAGUUCCUGGAAUAUGAGAAAAAAAUUAUUAUAAACUUCCUUUAACUGAAAAUUAUUGAUUUAUCAUCUGGUCAUUUAUCAAGCGUGUUCAAAGGUAGAAUUAGGCCUUUCCAC